AAGACGUGCUUCUUCUUCUUCUACCAGACGGCUGAAAAUGAUGGAUAGAAAAUGUGUAUUUUCUCUUCUAGUCGUUUGACAGCUGUAUUUACUUUUAUACCUUAAAAUAGAAUGUUAUUUAGUGAACAUGUCGUGUUUUAAAUGUUAACUGAUCGUGAUGACUGCACAGAGAAAUGCCCCCAAGGUGUCGGGGUACCUUCAAAGCAAACGAUCAAGGUUUCUUGUAAGUGACCGAGCGAUCCGGUUCAAAUGUUCUCUUCAGAAUACAAUACUUGAUGUACUCAAUCAUCGACCUGGCUGGGAAGAGGCACAAGGAGAUGCCGAGUGGGAUUUCUUCUGGUGCGACCGCGAGUGGCUCAUGCAGAACUACGACACCAUGUUCCUCAUGGAACAUCAGAAGAUUCUCCACUUCAGAAACCAUUACGAGUUAACACGCAAGAACCUGAUGGUUAAGAAUCUGAAGCGGCUGAAAAAGUGUACUGAACGAGAACAGGGCAAACAGGAAGGCCAGAAUUUUGACUUUUUCCCAACAACCUUUGAACUUCCAUCAGAGUACCAUAUAUUUGUGGAGGAGUUUAAGAAGAAUCCAGGUAUUAUUUGGAUAAUGAAGCCUGCGGCAAAGUCUCAAGGUCGCGGUAUCUUUCUGUUUCGCAAGCUCAAGGACAUCACUGAUUGGAGGAAGGGUGAGUACCAGCCAGUGUCAGAACUGCGCGAUGGACCGGAGCUGUACGUCGUACAGAGAUACAUUGAGAACCCGUACCUGAUUGGAGGACGCAAGUUCGACAUCCGAGUCUACGUGCUCGUUCUUUCGUAUAAUCCUCUCAAAGUGUGGCUGUACAGAGAUGGUUUCGCUCGAUUCUCCAACACACGGUUUUCACUCGACUCCAUUGAAGACACAUACGUCCAUUUAACCAACGUGUCCAUCCAGAAAACUGCCCCCGACUACGACCCAGAAAGAGGCUGCAAGUGGUCAACGGGAAAACUGCGCAAAUACCUCACAGCUAAACAUGGAGUAGAAGCGGUGAAGUCCUUGUUCAGAUCGAUAGACAACAUGAUAGUGAAGUGUCUACAGAGCGUUCAAAAGAUAAUGAUUAACGACAAACAUUGUUUUGAAGUGUACGGAUACGAUAUAUUGCUAGACAGUCAUUUGAAACCGUGGCUGAUCGAGAUCAACGCAUCACCGUCCCUGACUGCGAGCGGCCUUGACGACUACCAGCUCAAGUACGGACUUCUCAAUGAUCUGCUCAGUGUCCUCGAUCUGGAAAACAGGCUGACUGGCCAAGAGAAGCGAAUCGGUGGCUGGGAUCUCCUUUGGAAUGAUGGGCCGGUGCUGUCAGACGAAACCAACGGCAACAGUCUCCAUCAAAAUGUCACCACUUCAGAGUACUUGGCCAACUCAUUCCUAGGUUGCCAUAACGACCGAAAGAAGCAACUGAAAGAAUUGUAUACCUACUCAUCCUAUGUGAAGAAAAAUCAAUAACAGUUUGUUUUAGUGGGAACCGUAAUGUUAUCAUGGAUAGGAAAUUUCAAAAAUAUUCCUUUAAAUUAAUUUGUGACUUGUGUUGUGAAAUUAUUGUUUCUAUGUGGUUUAAUUAUCACUUGAAAAACUUAGUUAUGACAGUGUAACUUCAUGGACAGUUUUGACUUCAUACCUGCAUGAUCGUGUGUGUGAUAUUAACUUUAAAGUCUGCUGUGAUACUGUGUGAUGUGUUAACACAGUUUCACAUUGAGAUGCCAUUAAAAAUCAUGUGAUG